UUUCUGUCGUCUGGUGUAUCCGUGACACACACACUUUUACACGUCCAUGUCUGUUUUUUCCAAUCAAGGCUUACUUGCUCUUCUCUAACCCAAAGAUUAGUAUCCUGUGGAAAACAUUGAAUGCAGCAAAUCUGACCAGGAGGCUUCCUAAUGACACUGGAGAUCUAAUAAUGCCAGCGCAAAAAAAAGAUCGAAGGAGAAGAUUGGAAAGGGGGAGGGAACAGUGUGGAACCCCGAAAGUGUUCGUGUGCAAGAGACCCCCGUGUCGAUCCGCAGCGUCAACCGAUAGCAGAGGCACUAAAGGGGCGUGAGACGGGACGGGUGCGCACUUGUCUCAGUCUCUCUCUCUUUCCGAAAAAAAGAACCUCUCGUUUUUUUGUGCUGUAUUUUACGCAACAUUCUCUUCUAUUGCUCAUCUGAUGGAGUGAAGCUUUAUAAGCGCUUAUAAUCUCACUGAUAUUAUUUUUUUUUUGAAAAGUGCGGCGUGGGAGCGCUGCGUUUACGCACCGCACUCGUGAGAUGAUGCGCGUCUGGAUAUUUCCCCUGCAAUGGACUCGAGUGUGAAACGUGAUGACACUUCUGUGGAUCCGAGACUUCAGUCCGAUCGAGUGAGAGAGAAAAUCCCCAGAUCUUCACUAUGACAUGGAUUGAAUCCAUCCAAGAUGAGGCAUUUCUUCCAUUAGGAGUAACAACAAUCUUUUGACAGUUCUGCUUCUUCUUUGUCGUAGCUUUUAUUCACUGAAGAGACUUCACCAGGGAUCUAUUUGAGCAAAGUGAAGGUUUUUUCAUAUGCACACACACCAAGGGAUUGGGUUAAGGAGAAGAGAAUUAAGGCAAAGCUUCGGUAUUAGACAUUAAUGGAGACCUAAACCAGAAAGCUGAGAUAUGUGAAAAGAACAAAUCUUGAGCAAGAUUUAUAGGGAAACUUUUAUAAUAAUGGCUCGUAUAACUGUUAUAUUAUCAAAAACCUUGCAUUUGUCUUGACGAUGUAGCUAUGAACAGCAACAAAGAGGCAUGAUGGAUAAAUACAACACAACUGCUGAGCUUUUCCCGUUUAACAACACAAGCAGUUUGGACCCUUCCGAGCCCUGGGACGACACAACACGACUAGGCCUCCAGAUCUCUCUGUCGAUUAUUCUGGUCAUAAUAACAUUGGCUACAAUGCUGUCCAAUGCUUUCGUCAUCGCCACCAUUUUCCUGACACGCAAGUUGCACACACCAGCUAACUUCCUGAUUGGCUCUUUGGCCCUGACAGAUCUGCUUGUGUCCAUCCUGGUCAUGCCCAUCAGCAUCUUGUACACCGUGAGUAAGACCUGGACCCUUGGGCAGGUGGUUUGUGACAUCUGGCUUUCAUCAGAUAUAACCUUCUGCACAGCGUCCAUCUUGCACCUGUGCGUGAUUGCGCUGGACCGGUACUGGGCCAUCACGGACGCACUGGAGUACUCUAAGAGGCGGACAACUAGACGGGCCGCGCUCAUGAUCGCAGUUGUAUGGGUCAUCUCCAUCUCCAUCUCUAUGCCUCCACUUUUCUGGAGGCAAGCCAAGGCUCAAGAAGAGUUGACGGAAUGUCUGGUCAACACUGACCAGAUCUCCUACACGAUCUACUCCACUUUCGGCGCAUUUUACGUGCCCACCGUGCUCCUCAUUAUCCUUUAUGGCCGAAUCUACGUGGCUGCCCGCAGUCGCAUUUUCAAGACCCCAGCAUCGAGAGCAAAACGAUUCACUACGGCGCAACUCAUCCAAACGUCAGCCGGCUCCUCCCUCUGCUCGCUCAACUCCUCAACCAACCAAGAGGGUCUUCACCUAGGAGCCGGAAAUAGUGGAGGAGGAGGGUCUCCAAAUUUCUCAAACAGUGUCAAGGUGAAGCUAGCAGAUAGCGUCCUAGAGCGAAAACGACUGUGCGCAGCAAGAGAAAAGAAAGCCACAAAGACUCUAGGCAUCAUCUUAGGAGCCUUCAUCAUAUGCUGGCUGCCCUUCUUCGUAGGAACACUGGUCAUGGCGAUCUGUAAGGAGUGCUGGUUCCACCAAGUGCUGUUCGACUUCUUCACCUGGCUCGGCUAUCUCAACUCACUGAUCAACCCUGUGAUCUACACGGCCUUCAACGACGAGUUCAAGCAAGCCUUCCACAAGCUGAUCAAGUUCAAGAGAUGCUACUGAAGAGAGCAUGAAUAAUGAGAGAACAUUUGCUCUUUUACUUUGUUGUAUUGAAACACAAAAUCCACCCUCACGAUUCAUGAUGCAUGAUCAUGAUGCAUUUUUGUACAGCUAAAUGACCAUGAGAAAGAAAAAAAAAAAAGGAAACAAAAAGUUGUGCCAAAAUGUGGAUGUUACCUUGUAGAUUUACUUAUUCUGCAUGUUUCAAAGUCCCUGUUUUACCCUUUAGAAAAUAUUUGUCAUGUAUCUAUAAGCAAUUACAGAUGCUGAGAGCAUAUCAGACAAAACUUGAGGACUCAUGAGAUGUUGAAAAUCAUUCAAUCACAAUACAUGAAAUACAUGUAGUCUAUUGAGGGAAGAAAUAUAAAAGUUGCAAUUUUUAAAACAG